GGCGUUACAGUUUCUUUCUCAGUGCCGUGGAAAUUUUAAAUCAGAGAUUAGAAUUGAUCCGAAGAAUCUGAUAUGAGACAAUACAACUAUUGAAUCUUAGGCUGGGAAGCACAGCCCCCGUCAGUCUCUACUAAUACUGACAAUCGCUCGGGGGGGAAACCAACACUAGCCGGUGCAAUCUGAAUCUGAUACUGCAUCGACCAGAAUUGAUGCCCGCUUCUUUGUUCUCGCCAAAUCAGAGCUUGUUUCGGUCGCAUCAAUGCAGACCCCAGACGAGCAUCGUCAUACCGAGUGCCUGAACCCUUUCGGGGUCUCAGAUAGAGAGCACCCAUUCCCACUCAGUACAGAACCAACCAGCUUGUCAUCCGCUCGACCAUCCUCACCGGACAUGGCGUCCACUCUAUCACCAGACAGACUCAUGGUAUGGAGUGACAGGCGGACAUCGUCUCAGUCGCUGGACGGCGAGACGUUACGGCCGCGCGCCGACUCUACCAUUUCCAGUGCCGACACUGCCGUAAGAUCGAGAGCCAACUCGGAGGCCACCACCGCCCCGACCAAGAUGGAGUACGAUGAUGUUUCGGUGGCCGACGCCUUGAACCCAGAUCCUCGCCACGAGCAGGACUUCAUAGUGGCAGACAAUAAGUUCGCCUUCUCUCCCGGCCAGCUGAACAAGAUGCAGAAUCCUAAAUCUUUGGCUGCGUUCCAGGCACUUGGGGGCAUACGGGGACUCGAACGGGGCCUACGAACAGAUUUGACGUCGGGUCUGUCCGUGGAUGAGACCCUCUUGGAGGGCUCGAUCAGCUUUCCAGAGGCGACCUCCCCUGGCUAUGUUUCGAAGGAGCCCCUUCCCCAGAUCACUAAUCUUCCAACAUCAGAACACGGUGCGCAGUUCCAAGACCGCAUUCGUGUGUUCUGUCAGAAUCGCCUGCCGGCUCGGAAGUCAACGGGCUUCCUGAAGCUCUUCUGGCUUGCUUAUAACGACAAGAUCAUCAUCCUGUUAACGAUCGCUGCUAUUGUGUCGCUGUCUCUAGGCAUCUACGAGACCACGAGCGAAGGCAGUGGCGUUGACUGGAUCGAGGGGGUGGCAAUUUGCGUGGCUAUUCUGAUCGUCACUAUCGUGACUGCCGCGAAUGACUGGCAGAAGGAAAGGCAGUUUGCUAAGCUGAACCAACGGAACAAUGACCGAGAAGUCAAGGCCGUCCGCUCCGGCAAGGUCUCCAUGAUUUCCAUUUUCGAUGUCACCGUGGGAGACAUUCUUCAUGUCGAACCGGGUGACUCCAUUCCUGCGGACGGGGUUCUCAUCUCAGGUCACGGAGUGAAAUGUGACGAAUCCUCCGCUACGGGAGAGUCAGAUCAGAUGAAGAAGACGGAUGGCCAUGAAGUUGGGCGGUUGAUUGCGGAUGGCAAAGCCACUAAGAAACUCGACCCGUUUAUGAUUUCGGGCAGCAAAGUUCUUGAGGGUGUUGGAACCUACCUAGUGACGAGUGUCGGGCCAAACUCGACCUAUGGUCGGAUCUUACUCUCGUUGCAAGAAUCGAACGAUCCCACCCCCCUGCAGGUUAAGUUGGCUCGACUUGCCAAUUGGAUUGGUUGGCUGGGUUCAGGGGCCGCGAUCAUCUUGUUUUUCGCUCUGUUCUUCAGGUUUGUGGCGGACUUGCCGCAUAACUCUGCUUCGCCUGCCGCCAAAGGAAAGGAAUUCGUCGACAUCCUCAUUGUUGCUGUUACGGUUAUCGUUGUUGCGAUUCCUGAGGGUCUGCCCCUUGCUGUAACUCUGGCCCUUGCCUUUGCCACGACACGAAUGGUCAAGGAGAACAACCUCGUGCGCGUUCUCCGUGCCUGUGAAACAAUGGGGAAUGCAACCGUCAUCUGUUCGGACAAGACCGGCACCCUAACACAAAACAAGAUGACCGUUGUGGCAGGCACUCUGGGCUCUAGAGGUUUCAAGCAAACUUUAGCAGAGGAGCGUUCUGAUGUCUCGACCCCUGCCGAGUUUUUCAAGCAAUAUUCUGGCAAGCAGCGAGACCUCCUCAUCCAGAGCAUUGCCUUGAACUCCACUGCCUUCGAGGAGGAGAAAGAUGGGUCCAAGGAGUUCAUCGGCAGUAAGACCGAGGUGGCUUUGCUACAAAUGGCCAAAGAUCAUCUCGGUAUGGAUGUUGCUGCCGAGCGUGCCUCUGCGGAAAUUGUCCAAUUGAUUCCCUUUGACUCUGCACGGAAGUGCAUGGGAGUCGUAUACCGGGAACCCACCGUGGGCUAUCGCCUCCUUGUCAAAGGAGCUGCUGAGAUAAUGACUAGCGCAUGCACGACCCAGAUGGCUCCAAGCACUUCCCACGAUCAAAUCGCCAUUGAUGGGCUGCACGAGGAAGACAGGCAGACAAUCCUGGAGACAAUUGAGUCUUACGCGGGUCAGUCUCUCCGGACGAUUGGACUGGUGUACCGGGACUUCCCGAGCUGGCCCCCAAAGAACGCUCGCUGCAUGGAAGAUGAUCCAGAAGCUGCCCGAUUCGAGGAUAUUUUCCGCGAGAUGACGUGGAUUGGGGUCGUGGGAAUCCAGGAUCCUCUCCGACCUGAAGUUCCCGCUGCUAUUCAAAAGUGCCAUGCGGCCGGCGUGCAGGUGAAAAUGGUCACUGGAGACAACAUUGUAACCGCCACUGCCAUCGCUUCGUCGUGCGGAAUCAAGACCGAGGAUGGAAUCGUCAUGGAAGGCCCCAAGUUCCGCCAGCUGUCCGAUGACGAGAUGGAUCGGGUCAUUCCUCGCCUUCAGGUGCUGGCUCGGUCGUCGCCAGAGGAUAAGCGAAUCUUAGUAGCGCGACUCAAGAAACUAGGAGAAACCGUUGCUGUCACUGGUGAUGGUACCAACGAUGGACCAGCCCUGAAAACGGCUGAUGUUGGCUUUUCCAUGGGAAUUGCUGGCACCGAAGUCGCCAAGGAGGCCAGUUCCAUCAUCCUUCUCGAUGACAAUUUCAAGUCGAUUGUCACUGCCAUCGCAUGGGGCCGGGCCGUCAACGAUGCCGUGGCCAAGUUCCUCCAGUUCCAGAUCACGGUCAAUAUCACUGCGGUCAUCCUGACCUUUGUUUCAUCCUUGUACAGCAGCAAAAGCACAAGUGUUCUGAACGCGGUGCAGCUGCUCUGGGUCAACUUGAUCAUGGACACUUUCGCAGCUCUUGCCCUGGCGACCGAUGCACCGACGGAGAAGAUCCUCAACCGCAAGCCCGUUCCCAAGAGCGCGUCUCUAUUCACGGUCAUCAUGUGGAAGAUGAUUCUCGGACAAGCUCUGUAUCAGCUGGCCGUCACCUUCAUGCUUUACUUUGGUGGAAACCAUAUCAUCGGAUCGCGACUUGGGACACAUGACCCGGACACGGUGCUCAACACCAUUGUAUUCAAUACCUUUGUGUGGAUGCAGAUCUUCAACGAGUUCAACAACCGACGACUGGACAACAAGUUCAACAUCUUCGAGGGCAUGUUCCGCAACUACUGGUUCCUGGGAAUCAACUGCAUCAUGGUGGGCGGCCAGAUCAUGAUCAUCUUCGUGGGAGGGGACGCUUUUGGCGUCACCCGACUUGACGGGAUCCAAUGGGCCAUCUGCAUCAUCUGCGCUCUGGGCUGUCUUCCGUGGGCGGUUGUGCUGCGCACGAUCCCAGACGGGCCAUGCCAGGUUGCUCUUGAAUUUGUCGUCCGGAGCAUGAACUUCAUCUUUACCCCUGUUACCAAAGGUCUGGGAUGGCUUGCGGCUAUGCUUCGCUCCUCGAUGCGGCCUGUGAAAAGGACUGCCCAGCGUGCUUUGAAGCGAGGCGCGAAGGAGCAAGACACCACUGCCUUGUCCGAUGAGGAGGCAGCAACGGCGUCGUUGCAUGAUGAGAAACGAGAAUCAACCCCGGAGGUGCCUGUCACCUCAAUUCCGGUGCCCCCGAUUACUAUUACGACAUCUUGAUGAUUUGUGGAGUUUGCCUGCGAUUUCUUGUAUAUUUCUAGCGAUUCAGCGUGCGUGGGUGUAAAUAUUGGGCGGUGGUUUUCUGGCUGGGUUGAAUGUGCAAUGACUAAAAGAAUAAUACAUGUACGAUAGAUGAUAUAGCUCGCUCUUGCUUAAGUGACCAGUUGUGACCGAU